UACUUCUUUUCAUCAAUUAAUCCGUAUGGAAUGGUGGAAUUUCCUCGCUGAAAGAUCUUUAAGGCUCUUCUAACGUCUACAAGAGGACGCUACACUGGAGGAAAUCAACAAAUACCAAAAUGUAAAAAACAAAACCAAAGACAGUGUAAUGGUCAGUUUUGCGACAUUUAAGGAUUACCUGUUAUUGAUUUCUUGGUGAAACUGACACAGAGCGUUGUAGUGUUUAGAUAUAUAAACAGUGCUUAGAAAAAUGUCACAAUUCACAGGACUGGUGACAGGGCGACAGCGGAUAGAGGGCGACUCUUCGGAAACAAAUUCUGUACAUUGUGACGAUUUGUAUCAGUUUGUUCUUAUAUCAUGGCGGAUUGAAGAAAUUUUCUAAAAGACAAUUACUUUGAUAUCAGACAGUGAAGGACAUACUAGUAAUUAACUGCGACUAAAAAGAUGUCGCUACUCACCCGCCAAGGCACAAUGGUCCGGAAAAACCGGAACUCGAUCAAGAGGUCAAUCCGCCGGAAGCCCAACCCCACAAAAAGGGAGACAGGCGGACCCUCGGCGACCUCUCAGUCUACGGGUACCCAAUCAACCGUGCCCGGGGUCCACAGGGAAUAUCGGCCCUCCCCCGCCAGGAGUGUUGCUAGCACAGUGGUGUCAUUUGACGAUGAACGACGUUUAUGGAACACCUCCGUUGAUUGGCGGACAGGAAGAGGUCAGGAGGUUGAUACUUUGUACAAUUCCUUACUCCUUCAGUUGAGAGAAGCAAGUCAUGACUCCAACAACACCUGUCAAUUUCUUUCACGUGGCAAGGACAUAAUCUGCCAUACAGUGUUCGUGACGGUACUGGUGGGCGUGUCUAUGACUCUUCCAAUCGCCAUGAUAUUUAUUGGCGUCAAAUAUAUAAAUGACUGUCCAAUUCAGAGCAGUGUCCCAGUGUAUCUACUAGUGGGCGGAUGCUGUGGGGUUCUGAGGAUACUGGCUACAAUGUGGCGGAACUUACAGUAUAGACGGCAGCUCGAUUCCUACAACGAUUCUUACGUCCACGAAGGUCUUUACGUCUCACAAACUUACAGAUUAAUGAACGUCUUUCUGACUCUGUUUCUGAUUGGUUGGCUAGUAGCCGGAAGUCACUGGGUGUUCGGUGUAUGGGAGCCGCCAUAUUCUCAGCCUCUCCAUGAGCCAAGUAAUUGGUGCGAUAGAACUGUGUACAGAUUCGCUGUAUAUCAAAUUGUCGGAUCAUAUGGCUUCAUUUUACUCGUAGUCUUUGUUUGUUGUUUUUUGACAAUCUAUUAUAAAGCAUGCAGUUGAUAAUUUCCAAUUUUUGUAAUGUUUCAGCUCAAAUAAAUGUAAAAAAAAAAAAUCCUUCUUUCCAGAAUUACCCACUUGAUAACAUAUCUUUUUUAUUCGACGUCGUUUUAAUUUCUUAUAUUAUUUUCAUUUUACAAGAGCAAGUUUCGUCGGAAACGCAUUCACUAUGAACCUUGCGUUUAUACGCAUACAGACAAAUUUUGUGAUUUUUGGUUUCAAUAGAAGUGCAUGUAACUGCU